GUCUCUCCCCGCCCCUUCCCCCGCGAUGCUGCAGCUGCGGGACGCGGAGGAGGGCGAUGGGGGCGCGGCGGGGGCUGCGGCGCUGCUGGAGCCGGGGGAGCCGGGGCGGCCGCUCCCCCCGCAGCGCCUGCGGCCGCUCCGCGUUCACACGGCCACGCGCGCCGGGCGCCUGCGACAGUUCUUCGUGUUCCGGCCCGGCAGCAUCGAGCGCGCCGUCAGCGAGAUCCGCCCCGCGCUGGUACCCGGCGAGGACGGGGACGUGCAGAGCGUCUGGCUGCUCGCCGAAAUUGACCACUGGAACAACGAGAAGGAGCGUCUCGUUCUCAUCACAGACUGGUCCCUCCUGAUCUGCAAAUACAACUUCAUCAGCCUGCAGUGCCAGCAUGUGACACGGAUCGCCCUCAGUGCGGUCGACACCAUCUCGGUCGGAGAGUUCGAGUUCCCACCCAGAUCCCUUAACAAGCGUGAAGGUACUGGCAUUCGAAUCCAGUGGGACAAGCAGAGUCGCGCCUCCUUCAUAAACAGAUGGAACCCGUGGUCCACAAACAUCCCGUACAUCACCUUCACCGAACAUCCAAUGGCAGAUGCUGAUGAGAAGAUCGCAUCCCUUUGCCUGUUGGAAAACUUCAAAACUCAGCUAAUCCAGGCUGUGAAGAAAGCGCACAAGGAGUGUCCGCUGCCAGGGAGGGCUAACGGCGUGCUGGUGCUGGAGCGUCCACUUCUCAUCGAGACGUACCUGGGGCUGAUGUCCUUCAUCAACAACGAAGCAAAACUCGGCUACUCCAUGACAAGAGGCAAAAUUGGAUUUUAAAACCAAUUGCAUUUAAUCAUUUCAAGGGAAAGCGAUUUGAUAUUGGGCUCCUGGGGAGAGCCUGCUGUGCCAGAAUACUCAGUAAUCAAAGAGAAGAAGGUGGGGUAACACAAAGGGGUGAUGGAGAACUAAUGGGAGGCCCUGGUUGUUAGAGAGAAUACCCAGGUCAGGUUAAGUUGAAGCAGGCACAAGGCAGUGUCAUUCUUGUAUCGACUUUACAGCUCUCACUGGUUCUUAUCCAGGGCUGGCGAGCAGUGGGAUUCUCCAUUGCUAACUGAGUGUUCCUCCCUGUUAAUUCAGCGUGAUUGGUAUCUGCUACAAACACUCCACAGACAUGGCAGAUGCAGUAGUUAUGCCGUGUUACAGCUGUAUCCCUGCCUGUGGCGUCAGAUCCUGUGGUGUGCUUGGGAUCUAUUUGUAUUGCUUAAAGUGACACUCACAUUCACAAUCCUAUGAUUAAUGCCUGCUCAGUAUUCUGAAAGCCGCGUCUGUCAUUCUUUAGCAAAACAGAGUCGGCAGAUCCUGUUCCACCCGCUCAGAAGUACUGUACGUGACCUAUGGCUUUGUAAACUGAAGUACGUGGCUGAAUAUGCAUUUAUCAGCUUUUUGUAACACCUCCUCCCUCUAAGAACACAGUCCGACUUUCCUGUUCCUUAUGUGUUUCCUUGUUGCAGUCCUAGAAUCUAUUCUUAGAGAGUAUCGUCAAAAGCCUCAAACAUUUACCUUCAAAGCUAUUAUUUAUAAAACCAAAAAGGAAUUCUAUUUUGAUUAGAUUUAUAUUCUUAGCAGUUUUCUAUAAAUCUGCUCUAGUUUGGGACAGCAGCAGUGCUGGGCUUUUUAACAGAGAAAAAAUUCCAAGCACUGUCUAUCAGUCUUCAUUUAUACAUUCUUGUACUUAAACCUCACACAAAAGCCCAGUAAUGACAUUCAGAAGCAGUGUAAGGGAAACCCAAAAGAAAUUGUUCAGGAGGUUCCUCUAACAAGCUUUGUCCUUGUGUGUGUCCUUCUCUACAUUCCGUUUUAUCCAAGCAUUUAUCCGUACUGCUACAAUGCUGAAUAAAUGCUUAGCUGCAGUGGUGUUUUUUGAACUUAAAGUAGAUGUGUUUGUUACACUUAGGUAAAGCUGAAGCUGUGAUGGAAUGCAAGGAGCUGCACUCCCCUCUCAAUGCCUU